AUCCAAUUCUCCAGAUUGCUUGUUCCAAAUUAUUAUUGGCUGUUUUGUGAUUGUUCAUUUUCUUCUUUCAACCGAGCACAAGUUACUAUGAAGCGUUCUACAAACAACUCAAGUGUUGGAGCUUCUGCAUCACUCGCAGAUUUUAUUUCAGUGACGGAUGUAUCUAUAGAAAAGGUUGUUCAAAGUGAGAUCGAUAAAAUAAAUACACACGCUGAAGACCCCAGAGCUAAAAUGACGGAAAGGGAAAUGCAGGGGUUUGCAAAGUUAUUUGGCAGAUACCUUAGAGAAAGGUCGACAAAGAAGAAACUUGACUGGAACUUGAUCGAGUCCCCCUCUACAGACCUCGUGAAGCCAUACUCUUCUCUCCCAUCCUGUGAAUCUUCAGAGUCUACCAAAUUGUUGAAGAAAUUAGCUGUUUUGAAGCUAAACGGAGGCUUGGGGACUACUAUGGGCUGUACUGGUCCAAAAUCAGUCAUCGAAGUUCGCGGAGAGACAACCUUUUUGGAUUUGAUCGUUCAGCAGAUUGAGCACAUUAAUAAGAAGUAUCCUGAAGCAAAUGUUCCUCUGCUUCUCAUGAAUUCCUUUAAUACAGAUGCGGAUACAGCGAAGAUUAUAAAGAAGUAUCAGGAUACUCAAGUGACAAUAAUGACUUUUCAACAAAGUCGAUAUCCCAGAAUACUUAAAGAUUCUCUCCAACCUAUGCCAUUAGCACAUUCUAAUUAUAGCCAUGAAGACUGGUAUCCUCCUGGACAUGGCGAUCUGUUUGAGUCUAUUGAGAGUACAGGAAUCAUCGAUACAUUGCUAGCACAAGGAAAAGAGUAUCUCUUUGUUUCUAACGUAGACAAUUUGGGAGCGACGGUGGAUCUGAAUAUCUUAAAGAUGAUCGAGGAUUCCAAGUGCGAAUUCUGCAUGGAAUUGACUGAUAAAACUCGAGCAGAUAUAAAAGGGGGUACUUUGAUAUCGUAUGAUGGCCAUGUGACUUUGCUGGAGGUUGCACAAGUUCCUAAAGAGCACAUUGAGGAAUUCAAGUCAGUGAAGAAGUUUAAGGUCUUUAACACCAAUAAUAUUUGGUUAAACUUGCGUGCAGUCAAAAGGCUUGUAAAGGGAGGAAAUAUGGAUCUCGAUAUUAUUGCAAAUACUAAAUCCGUCGGUGAUCAGAAAGUAAUACAACUGGAGACAGCUGUUGGUUCUGCCAUUCGAUACUUCGGAAAUGCUCGAGGUGUAAAUGUUCCUCGUUCACGUUUUCUUCCUGUGAAGUCUACUUCAGACCUGCUUUUGGUUCAGAGCAGUCUUUACACGUUGAAAUCUGGAACCCUUGUUCCUAAUCCUUUAAGAGAGUUUGCCACGACUCCAGUAGUGAAACUGGGACCAGAGUUUCAAAAGGUUGGAGAAUAUAAUGCACGUUUUGAGACAAUUCCAGACUUGUUGGAAUUGGACCAUCUUACAGUUAGUGGAGAUGUUAGCUUUGGCUCGAAUGUUUCUUUGAAGGGAACAGUUAUUAUUGUCGCAUCACGAGGCAACAAAAUCAUGAUUCCUAGUGGUAGUGUUCUGGAGAACAAGAUAUUGAGUGGAAAUCUUUAUAUCAUGGAUCACUGAACUUUAUAUCUAAUAAUCUUUCCUCGCUUGUGGUUCAAUAAAUACGUGUUGUCCGUUUUGUGAAUUUUAUUUU